AGUCCCCUGGCCAUGCUGACAGCGGCGUGCAGCAAAUUUGGUGGCUCCAGCCCUCUGCGGGACUCAGCGACACUGGGCAAAGCAGGCACAAAGAAGCCAUACUCUCUGGGCAGUGACCUUUCGGCCCCCAAAACCAUGGGCGAUGCCUACCCAGCCCCCUUUUCAAGCACCAAUGGGCUCCUCUCACCUGCCGGCAGUCCUCCAGCACCCACCUCGGGCUAUGCCAAUGACUACCCUCCCUUUUCCCACUCAUUCCCUGGGCCCACGGGCACCCAGGACCCUGGGCUACUAGUGCCCAAGGGGCACAGCUCUUCUGACUGCCUGCCCAGUGUCUACACCUCUCUGGACAUGGCACACCCCUAUGGCUCCUGGUACAAGGCAGGCAUCCACGCAGGCAUCUCACCAGGCCCUGGCAAUGCUCCUACUCCUUGGUGGGACAUGCACCCUGGGGGCAACUGGCUAGGUGGCGGGCAGGGCCAGGGUGAUGGGCUGCAAGGGACACUACCCACAGGCCCUGCUCAGCCUCCACUGAACCCCCAGCUGUCCACCUACCCAUCCGACUUUGCCCCCCUUAAUCCUGCCCCCUACCCAGCUCCCCACCUCCUGCAGCCAGGGCCCCAGCAUGUCUUGCCCCAAGAUGUCUAUAAACCCAAGGCGGUGGGCAACAGCGGGCAGCUGGAGGGGAGUGGUGGAGCCAAACCCCCUCGGGGUGCAGGCACAGGGGGCAGUGCUGGCUACGGGGGCAGUGGAGCAGGGCGCUCCUCCUGCGACUGCCCCAACUGCCAGGAGCUAGAGCGCCUGGGCGCCGCGGCGGCCGGGCUGCGGAAGAAGCCGAUCCACAGCUGCCACAUUCCGGGCUGCGGCAAAGUGUAUGGCAAGGCCUCCCAUCUGAAGGCCCACCUGCGCUGGCACACGGGCGAGAGGCCCUUCGUCUGCAACUGGCUCUUCUGUGGCAAGAGGUUCACCCGUUCGGACGAGCUGGAGCGCCACGUGCGCACUCACACCCGGGAGAAGAAGUUCACCUGCCUGCUCUGCUCCAAGCGCUUUACCCGAAGCGACCACCUGAGCAAACACCAACGCACCCACGGCGAGCCAGGCCCAGGACCCCCACCCAGCGGCCCCAAGGAGCUGGGGGAGGGCCGCAGCGCCGGGGAAGAAGAGGCCAAUCAGACGCCCCGACCUCCGGCCUCACCGGCACCCGCAGAAAAAGUCCCUGAAGGCAGCCCAGAGCAGAGCAACCUGCUGGAGAUCUGAGCCGAGUGGAGGUUUCCAGCCCCUGGGCUGCCUUGCCAGUCUCUCCUGGCUCUGUGGACCACUGCUUGCCCCUCACUCCCUUUGCCCCAUGCAUGCUGCCCUUUGGGACUCGCUCCAUCUCUCCCCCCAUCAUUCUGGGCCUGGGUAUCUCCUCGCAUGCCUCCUCCUCUCACUUCCUCCCCCUUGCCAUGGGCCCCUUCCGCAAACUCUCAUCUUAGGCCCUCACCUCUUGCCUGAUUUCUGCUCUCAGGGCUUCUGAAGCUCUUUCCUCGCCACUGCUCAGUAUCUCUCUCCUCUGCUCUUACCACACCAACUCAUUUUCUCUCCAUUUGGGCUCCCAACACUUUAUUUCUCCAUCUCACUAACUCCUUGACAUGCAUCUUUUCUGCUUCCCAAGCUUAUUUACCACUAUCCCUUAGCUUCCAGGCUCCAGUCUCCUCAGUGGACUUCGUAGUCCAUUGCCUUCCAUGCUCCAGAGCAUUCUUCCUUUUUACAAACACAAUGAUGAUGAUGAUGAUAAUAAUUUAUUGCCCCCUGGUGGCCUCUUCAUUAGGGACCAGAGUUGGGGGAUUGGGGUAAGUGACCUGGCAGGGAGCAGGGUGCCAAGAGGGGGGCAGACCAGUGGGGAUCUGAUCCCAAAGAUGGGGUGACCCCAGGGUCAGGGAGGCUGCCCCCAGGCCUGUAUAUUUAACCCCUAUGUUCCAAGAGAAAUGAAUAGUAAUAAUAAUAAUUCUAUUUAUCUAAGUUAUGAUGACAGGUCAGGUAGAGUGAGCUGGGGAGGGAAGCGGGUCCAUUUCUGCUAUGGAAAUUUUAGCCAAAUGCAUCCCUGUCUAGAAAAAGUGAUAGUGAGAUCUUGUUAAUAGAAUUUCUAUCAUCAGGGUCUCAGUUAAUGGUGUUUCUCGUAAUGGAAUCUCUGCUAAUAGGGUUGAUUAGCUAGAUCUCUGUUAAAAGAGUUAAUGGGGUAUCUCACAAUUAGGGGAUCCCUAAUAUUUCCAGCCCUGGCCAGAAGCUGUGAAACCUCAAGUCCUAUGGAGGGGAGGACUGGAAUGUACCCCAGCUCCCUUGACCCCAGAGCAGGUUCUUCCACUGCCCCUCCCCUGACACCAUGACCCCAUCAGGCUAAUCCCUUGUUGCCAUGGUAACAGAGAGCUUGCAGCUGCCAUCUUAGACAUGCUCUUUGGGGAAGCCCACUUAACCGGAGGAGGACACUGGUUUGGAGGUGUCUCUCUAGAAGAAUAGGUGGGGAAGGCUUUCUCUGGGAUCAGAUCAAGAAAAUCAAGUAUUUAUUGAGUGCCUACUCUGUGCAAGGCACUGUGCUAGGCUGGUGCCUAGAAGCCAUGAGAAAGAAGAAUUUAUAGAGCUAGGAGGACAGAGGUUCCCAAGCUGACUUGGGGGUGCGUCCACAGGCCCCCAACCUGGGACUUCCGAUGCUCCCAACUCCACCUCCAGUGACUUUUAAAGCCGCUUCGUGCCUUUGAAUGCCUUUCCUGUGACUUUGGAUCCUCCUUUUCUAUCUCUUGCUCCCUCAAGGCCCCAAGUUAAAGGUUUAAAGCCGCCGGAGCUUGGGGAGAGGGUAAUAUUGUGGAAGGGAAGGGAUCAUGCCCUCAUGGAGUCUUUUUUUUUUUUUUUUAAUUUAAUAAAUAAAAAAUUCGAUUUAAAAUUUUGUCCUGGUGAGAAAAGAGGAAGAGGAGGGGAGAAGAGUGAGCCACAGGAUUUCUGGUUGGCAAACUGGGGAGUCCCCGCGGGCACUGUCGUGCCUGUUUGCACGUUACGCCCGGGGUAGAAUACUUCGGCGGCCCGGCCCUGCGGCGGAGGUCAGUUUUUGACCGCCCAGAGCUCUCUGCGGAGUUGGGAAGGCGAAGAGGUUUUCUUCACCCGGCUCUUUCUCGGGCUCGGCACCAGCGGACACAGUCUGGACAGCAGCCGGGCGGCGCGCCGGCCCCGCGGUCACCGUGCGGACUACGGCGCGGCCCGGGCCGGGCGAGGUGCGGCUACCGCGGGUGGACCCGCCUGGCACGUAACCCGCCCCCGGCCCCAGGCCUGCAAUCAGUCGUGCCCGCCACGGACUCAGCGGAGGAACAAAAGCCACUCUGUCGCGGCCAGACCCCAGCCACAAUAGGGCUUUGUGCGGCCUCCGCCCCCUACGGCUCCCCCGCCGGGCGGAGGGGCGCACGAGCCGCUCCCCCAGCCUGGGCCCGACUGCGGGCGGCGCCCCCGUCCGCCGGUGCCCCUUGCGGGCUCGGGAGAGGCGCUCCGCGCUAGAGCGGGGGAGGGGUCGGCGGGUCCCAGGCGGUGCUCGGGCUGCCGGUCCCCUCCCCACCCCGCCCCCGUCCAGGUGCGAAAUCUCCUGCCCUUGGGCGGGGCUCCGGGCUUCAAAGGCGCUUUGAAGAAGGAUCCUAGUUCCG